AAACGAGUCUCGAUCCUUAUCGUGACAGAUUGGUAUCUGGCGUAUGUAACCUAGCAAAAAAUGACGUAGCAAAAUCAAGGUAGUAGCAAAGGAAACGGUCCGCCCUCGAUAUAUACCUCGGGCCCUAACGUCACAAAAGCCGAGCCUCCCGCAGCCUUGAAUCGGUCGUCGCGUCGACCUUUCAACACCUCGGGGGACGUCGUCGCGUCGGGGCGCACGCGCCUCCGUCGACGAUGCGAAGGUGCGACUGCAGAAGAUUUCCCGCUGGCCUACAGCAGGGAAAAACCGUAGCCUGACCUCCCCUGCCUUCUCCCCUCCGCUCCGCCCGGGGUUCCCGACCGAGAGCUUUCAUCCGGCCCCACAAUACGCAAGCUCGAUCGAACCAACGGGAAAGAUUGAGGAUGAUGGAUCCGCCUCGACAUACCUGUCGAGGCCGGCCGAUCGUGUGCCCAGGACCGUGCAAUCCACUAAAGGCUCAUCAUCACCAUCAUCACGGUCGUCAUCAUCAUCGUGAGAAGGCCGAUGUGACUGAAAUCGUCGCGCCAGGAAGAGACAUACACUUGCUGGAUGAGUAUUCGCAAAUAACGCUACUGAGAUCUCUGAGGACAGAGGCUUCCGUCACGUCCGUGACCGCGGAGGACGCCACGUCGAUCUCCAGAACGACGUCCUCCGCCCGGAUCGCACUGAUCCGAAUCCCGAAAACUCCUCCUCCUCGGGACAAAAAGGCCGACGUCGCCGCGAUCAUACAGCAAAUUCUGCCACCGGAAAAACUGCAUGAGGUGUUGAAGAAGACCGGAGAACCGAGCACGUCGAAGCCGCGGACCGAGAGGGCGAAGAAGGAGAAGUUGGCGUUCCCGGGGAAAAUCGAAUCGGCGCGGAUUCCGACAGUCGGCCCGGGGAAAACCCCUGCAGCUGCAGCGAGCUCGGCACCGCCGAGGGAUUCGAACGACGUGACGGCGUGCGCGUUUAUGACGAGACUGCAGUACGGGCUGACGAGGGCGUCGCCUGUCCUCCUGUGCCUGACGAUCCUGAUGAUCUACGCGGGAAUUCACGUGCUAUUGGCCGUGAUCGCAUGGCAAACACCUGCGCACCAAUUCUUCGUGUCCAGUCAGAUCUGCGGGCUCUUCGCGUUUCUCAUGUGGCAACUGACCGGCACGAUAUUAAUCUGAGCGACGAAGCGCGCGAAUAGAUAAUGCGGCCGAGAUAAUGACGCUGCCAGAAACAUAAACGCCGAAAUUGAUCGACGUGUCUUAUACUAAUUUAUCAUAAUUACAUAUACAUGAUGUAAAACAGUUACCGCGCGGAGGCGCUUCCGCUUGGAAGGAUUCGAGGAUUAAUUAAUUGAUGAUCGGUGCUAAAUUGAUGCGAGUCCUACACUGCACACGGUCUGGGAAAUGUGAGACGGUGAAUAUCGAAAAUUCCCACGCGGGGCAAGAUUAUAUAUCUGGAUAUCAAGAAUACCAAAGGUCCGCGAGGAUUAAUUCGCCAAUAUGUCUUAAUUAUAUUGAGAACGUUGUGAUUAAUGGCGCUACUGAAAUAACCGUCAUUUUUCAUAAUUCGUUUUGCAGCUCGCCGUGAUAUCUGUGACUGGCAAGACAUCCGGUGAUAUUGGAAUGUAUAAAAAUGUAUAAAAAAUAUGUUCUCAGACGUA